AUGGCUUCUUCUUCAGGUACUACGAGAAAGAAAAAACACAGCAUCAGAAGCAUCAGAGAUUUAGACCAUCCGACCAUCACUCUUUUAGGCUACUGUUUCGGAUUGCUUAAAGUACGCGUCAGGCAUAUGGUGAUGAAGCCAGUGGAAGAAAUAUAUCCGAAGUGGGCGAAUGAUGAAUUCGAGCCUGAGCUGGACAACCUGAUAAAAGACAUACUCGAUGGCCAGCUAAAUGAGAAGUUUUGGGAUGUAACCUCAACUACCAAAUCUCCCGAGAAGAGAAAAUAUGGUGUUGGCGCAUCUGUUAUUCCUAAUAUGGGCCCUUCUCCAAAGCGACAUAAAGGAAAAGAACCUGAUCAUAACAGCGACGAAAGAGAUAGGGUAUAUCAGAACGCCACUAUACUUGGCUUAAUUUCCAAACUUACUGCAAAAAUAGAAGGCAUAGAUGUUAGUGUAGCUGAGAGAGUUUGUAAGAGUUUAGAAGAUACCAUACAAUAUAAGGUGGACGCAAGAGUAGGUUCCUUGAGGGCUGAGUUGCUGCAGAAAAUCACAAGUUUGGAGGAAGAUGUGAAAUUUUAUAAAAACAAGGCUGAUGUGGCCGCCUCCAACUCUGGAAAUCCCAAGGCUGAUGAUGAUGCUUCUAGCAAUGAGUUGUCAUGGAAGAUUGAGAAGAAGAUUAGUUCACAUGACGGUUUGCCAAUUCAGCGUGUUGUUAAAAAGGAGAAGAAGGCAAAGAUAAAGGUGGAGAAGGAGGAGCCUAAGACUAAGGAGGCGCCACUAAAAAAAGUGAAGAAGGAGAAGAAGGAAGUGACGAUGAAGAAGGAGGAUCUUGAGAUGGAUAAAACGCCACUGAAAACUGUGAAGAAGGAGAAGAAAGCGUUUUCAAUUCCGACGUUGAAUGAUGAAUCUAUUUCGAGUCGAGAGUGGGAAGAACAUCUGAAAUGGGAGAAGACUGAAACGUGUAGGCAAAUCUUGGAAGGUCUACAUGCGAGUAUAGAGGAGCCCAGAGGUCGACGUAAGCCGCAGUUGACAAAGACUCAAGUAUGGCCUGUAAUUCUCGGCUGGUACUUGGGAUGA